AUGGACCCAACUGAGAUUACAAGCUUAGCUGGUGAGUGGCACAAUUGUGGUGUGCAUACAGGGGUUUCCGAUAAAGCUGGAAAUGCAACAGAUCUCCGAAAUCGAGUGACUUGGACAGCUCCGAGAGCAGGGUCUCUGAAGAUGAAUUUUGACGGGGCCUGUGAUGUGAAAAACAGAGUAUGCGGCCUGGGCGUGGUGUUCAGGGAUCAUCAAGGGUUGUUAAAGGGGGCUUUAGCUGUUCCACAGGUAGGCAAUAUUCCUCCCAGGUCAGUAGAAGCCUUAGCACUAUUACAUGGACUCCGCUUUGCGAUCCACGUUGGAUUCUCAAACCUGGAGGUUGAAGGUGAUGCUCUCUCAGUCAUCAACACUCUACAUGAUAGUUCUGAUGAUCUAAGUUUUGAAGGUCAUAUUAUUGAUGAAGUUAAGUCUUUAGUUAAGUCCUUUCCCAUUUGUAGUUGCUACUUUGUGAAGCGGGAAGGCAACAAGGUUGCCCACCGGCUUGCAAAAGAGGCGUUAAGAGUUAGUCAACCUUUGCUUUGUUUAGAGUCGGGGCCUUCUUGGCUCCAUCAGUCUGUCAGUAUGGAUUUCCAUGGCGAAGUCUAG